CAGCGCGCACAGGCGCACUGUUGACUGCCAAACAGGGCUGCAUGGAACUGAGAGGACUUCAUGCUGCAGUCACGUCUGAGAAAACAGAUUUUUUUUCUAUAAUUAAAAUAUAUGAUUUUAAAGAUUCCCAUCGGCAACAGGCAGCGCGCCAGUGCGCAUGGUGGCAUUUCUUUGGAAAUCCCAUUCAAAUUUGGAGUGGAUGAUCUUUUGAAUGAUGUGGGGAAUUCAGAGGACUCGGUACGCGGACUGCAACGGCUCUGAAGCGAGUGAAGAGGCGGAGAUAGUGGUGAACAUCGGCGGGGUGAAACAGGUGUUGUAUGGGGACGUGUUGAAUCGUUACCCGGAGACUCGGCUGGCAGAGCUGGUGGACUGCUCUCUGAAGUCACCUGAAGAAAUUUCCUUAUUGUGUGACGAUUAUGACCCCGACACUGGGGAAUUUUAUUUUGACAGGGACCCCGAAGCAUUUAAGUGUGUAGUUGAGCUGUAUUAUUACGGAGAGAUACACAUGAAAAGGGGCAUUUGCCCAAUUUGUUUCAUGAAGGAGAUGGACUUCUGGAAAAUCGGCGCCGAUUUUCUGGAUGAAUGCUGUAAAUGCCAACUUAAAGAGGUCCAGGAUGAACUUGCAGAGAUCGCAGAGAGAGUGAGAACUAUCCUGGUGGACAGGGAGGGAGACCCGUCUGCGGGAAGGUGCCAGCGCUUCCAGACGUCCCUCUGGAGGCUGAUGGAGAAGCCGGAGUCCUCGGUGCCUGCGCACGUCAUCGCCAUACUUUCCUUCAUCUUCAUCCUCAUCUCAUCCGUCGUCAUGUGCAUCGGGACAAUCCCCGAGCUUCAGGUGGAGGACUCAGAGGGCAACCUCACUGAGCACCCCACUCUGGAGGUCAUCGAGACGGUGUGCAUCGGCUGGUUCACCAUUGAAUACAUACUGCGUCUGAUCUCCUCUCCAAACAAGAUCAAAUUCGUCCUGUCCUUCAUGAAUAUCAUCGACUUCAUGGCGAUCAUGCCGUUCUUCGUGGUGUUGAUUCUGACCUCCUUCGGCGCGGGAGUGAUGGAGCUGGCCAACGUGCAGCAGGCGGUGCAGGCUUUGCGCAUUAUGCGCAUUGCGCGCAUUUUCAAGCUGGCGCGCCAUUCUUCCGGACUUCAGACGCUCACAUCUGCAUUGAAGAGCAGCCUGAAAGAGCUCGGGCUGCUCCUCAUGUACAUGGGAGUCGGGGUCUUCCUUUUCUCAGCACUGGGCUACACCAUGGAGCAGAACCACCCGGACACGCUGUUUACCAGCAUCCCGCAGUCGUUCUGGUGGGCUGUGAUCACCAUGACCACUGUUGGGUACGGGGACGUGUACCCUAAGACCACUUUGGGUCGUUGUAACGCAGCCAUCAGUUUUCUGUGCGGUGUCAUCGCCAUUGCGCUGCCCAUACACCCCAUCAUUAACAACUUUGUGCUGUUUUACAACAAGCAACAGGUGCUGGAUACCGCAGCCAAGCAUGAGAUUGAACUGAUGGCGCUGCGCUCCAGUGAAGGCGAACUGAGGGCUGCGCCAGAGCGCCACGAACAUGUUUGCCGUGCUGGGGUUUGGGACUCUUCCAUGAGCUCCUGUCACAGCGACACAUACUUACCUCUGCUGAAGGACCCUAGGGGAGGGCCGAGUAUGCCGACAGCAAGCCUGGAGACUAGCUUUGAGAGCACAGCAGAGGCUUCAGAAUAUUUCAUAUCAUAAACUUGGAAAAAAACUUUUUUCAUCUGAUAAGAAAAAGCAUCCAGAAGAUGAACGUGAUCUAAUUAAUCACUCAUUUUUGAACUGCUAAAUAUGUGUUGGAGAUGGAAUGAAGAUUUGAGAAUAUCCCCACCCUGAUAAAAAGAUGAAAUAGAAAAAUGUUUUAGCUUUGGACUUGAUAAACGUUGCCUUUUUUGCAUUGAAGCCAUGUUUGCACAUGGGUUCUGCUCGAACAGCCAGUUUUGUCCCAUGUAGGCAUCUUACAUUUACAUAUGGGGCCCAUAUGGGUAGAACAUUACCUAAAAAACUGGUCCCAGAAGAGAUUUUCUGUAGGUUAUGUUAAGCCUCUGUCUUUUUGCGCUGAAUGUUAUUUGCCAGCUAGAGGUUCUGUUUGAACAGCCAGCUUUCCCCUUCUAGGUGGCCAAGAUUUACAUGUGGAGUGGGACCCAUGCUGUAGGAACCGGGAAUCUAAAUGUUGCCUUUUCAUAGGGAGUGUGUUUUAUGAACAGCCAGUUUUUCCCUUGUUGGAAUGUUAUCAGUAAACAUUUAAGCACGGGAGCCAUGUGGGGUGGAAAUUGGCUGAAAAUGAUGGUUUUUGCUGUAGGUCACACAAUCGCCUCAUGUCAUUUGCCUAAACCGAUAAUUCGCCUUUUGUCAGGGGACUAAUGUUUCCAGAGAGGGUUCUGCUUUAAAAAGUAGUUUCGCCUGAAUAGGCGUUUUACCCCAGCUAAAAUUUCUAUAUGGGGCCCAUAUGAGCUGGAAAUGGUAAACCCCUUGCUCAGUAGCAAUCGGUUCACUGUUAAAAGGCAACUUGACUAUAUCAGUACUUCGCCUUAUUGCAGUGAGCCCCUGUUUGCGGAGGGGUUCUGAUCCCCAUUUUGGCAUCUUAUCGAAGCUAGCAUUUAUAUAUGUAGCCUGUGGGAGAUGGGGUAAAAACGGAGCUCAUGGGAGAUUGCUUGCAUGGGUCAUGAUGCCGUCUUGUUAUUUGAUCUUAUCUAUACAUCGUCAUAUAGCCAUGGAUUUAUGUGUUCCCCUUUUAGUCACUUCAUACAUGCCAAUAUUUAUAUAUUGGAUCCCAUAUUGGUGGAACAAGGGGUGAAAAUGGGCCCGACGUGGGAUUCGAUGCAUGUGGGUGUUAGAUUUCUCAUCUAUUUUGGACUUAUUUUCACUUUCAGGAUGCCAAACUGGCUCUCCAGAAAUCAGGUUUAUCUUGUAAGCCCAGGUUGGUCCCAUGCAUGAAGCACUGGGUGAGCCCACACCCACCCAUAGUAUCCCUCCAACCUGAGCAGAAUCCAUGUGGUGCCCGCAAACACAUAUUUGUUGUGAUGUAACGCCCCCACACAACUAAAUUCCACUUAUACUGUAGAUUGCUCUGUAGCUUUUUCCCCCCUGUGUGGCAGAUUGUUCAAUAGAAAAAAGGAAAAACAAUGUCAAGUUGAUUCAUGAUAAGUGUAGAAAAAGAACAACAAAAAGCAGACUGAUUUAAGCUUGUGAUACAUUUCUGUACAUUUCACUGAAGUUGCUUGGAGCCGUGGAUCAUUUCUGUUUGCUGCCUGUGACUACACCAGUGUGGUUUAUGUUUCUGUGUUAAUGUGGGGGUGAAAUCAUAAAGAAAAUAAAUGUACAGGAGUUUUGACAGCAGGUGUGUCAGACUUAUUGUUAAGUAGAUUUCAGGAGCUCGGAAUACUCCUCUCUCCGCAGGGUUAGUUCGUGUUCCGCAGUACCUGUCACCGCUCUCCCGAGGUGCAACUGAAGUUCAUGGAUGAAAGAAGCAACAACUGGGAGGUUGAUCAAAUACCAAAGGAACAUAAGGCUGUGUGCUAACAAGAUCUGUCAAAAAAAA